UCUGCCUCAUGGCAGCAUCGGAUGAAGGCGUUGGAAGCGAUUAACACCGCAUGUGAAGGACCCGUCGCCGCCCCGCUCCUCCCCUCCCGCCCCGCUCCUCGGACACCCACCGGGAGGUAUGGGCCCCGGGCUCAGCUUCUCCCGGGUUUGCUUCCGGGUCGGGGGUGACGGCGCCAUAUUGAUCGGCUCGGAGCUGGAAGCGGGCGGCCCGGCGGGAGGAUAUACUUUCAGCUCUAUGGAGUUUCUCGUCUAUUGAGGUAGAGUGGAAACACUGCAACCUUUCUUUUCUGUUGGUAACUUUUAAACAAUUAUAGUUGAAUAUUUGAAGAUGUGGGAUCAAGGUAGUCAACCUUGGCAGCAGUGGCCUUUAAGCCAGCAACAGUGGAUGCAAUCAUUUCAGCAGCAACAGGAUCCAAGUCAAAUUGACUGGGCGGCAUUAGCACAAGCCUGGAUUGCUCAAAGAGAGGCCUCUGAGGAAUCUGUAACACCACAACAGCCAGUAAUAAUACCCAAUGGACAAGCAGUACAUGGCAUUGAAAAUAGUCAAGACAAUCAUGGAAAUUUUCCAGGAGAUCCUAAUUUCAACAGAAUAUGGGAACAGGACUGGGGAAUGCAACAUCAUCGACCACCUCCCCCACCACCAGACCAGCAGUGGAUACCGACCCCAGCUCCCAUGGACAUAGUCCCUCCAUCAGAGGACAAUAGCCAGGACAGUGGUGAGUUUGCACCAGACUCUAGACGUAUGUUCAAUCAAGUCAAUAACAACAAUUUUGGAGGAGCACCAGAAAACUUUGGAAUGGGAUCUGUGCCCGUCAGCCAGUUUGAUUAUCAGCAUGGUGCAGCUUUUGGUCCCCCAGGAGGAUUUCAUCCACCUUAUUGGCAACCUGGGCCACCACCUAACCGUAGAGACAGGCCAUCUUACAGGGAUCGUCCAAGGUCACCCAUAACAGUAAAACAAGACCCUCCUGCACUUGAUGCUGUGAAACGAAGAACACUGCCAGCUUGGAUUCGCGAGGGUCUGGAGAAGAUGGAGAGGGAGAAGCAGAAAAAGCUCGAGAAAGAAAGAUUAGAAAAAGAGCGGGCACAGUCAUCAAAACACAAAAAAGAUCCUGAAGAGGUGCCUGAAGAAACUGAUGGGCCACGAUUGCCUCACAAAAGUAAAUUUGACAGCGAUGAUGAAGAGGAGGAGUACGAAACAACUGAAACCAAAAAUAGUGACAAACCAAGUAGGAGUCCUUCGCCUAUAGCUCAGGAAGAACAGAGCGAACCAGAAAUGACUGAAGAAGAAAAAGAAUUUCAGAUGAUGGCAAUGAUGAAGAUGCUGCUUACAGAAGUACUUUUAGAAGUAACAAAUGAAGAGAUAUAUUAUGUUGCCAGAGAAGCUCACCGUAAAGCCACUAAAGCUCCUGCAAAGCAGCUGGCGCAGUCCAGUGCACUGGCUUCUCUAACUGGACUUGGUGGACUGGGCGGGUAUGGAUCGGAUAGUGAAGAUGAGAGAAGUGAGAGAGCCUCUGAAUCCUCGGACACAGAUGAUGAAGAAUUACACCGCAGAAUCAGACAAAAACAAGAUGCCUUUAGACGCAAAGAAAGGGAAUUACAGCUAUUGCUACAACAGCAGCAGGAGAAACAACUGGAAGAUACAAAGCAUCUACAGGAGGGCAAAGUUUUCAGGGAGAUGGAUACUAAGGAACAAAGUAAAGAACAUGGUGGUAGUGUAGUAAAACAGGAAGGGAAAGAAAGGGAUUGUGAAACUGUUCCUGAAAAGAAAAGAACUCACAGUGAAACUGAACCCAACUCAGAAGUGAGCAAAAGUUUUAGCGAGAAAAGUUCAAAGGAAAAGGCUUCAAGAAACAGAAGUUCCUCCAGCAGCAGUAGUGGGAGUAGCAGUAGCAGUGGCAGUACUAGCAGCAGCAGUAGGUCAAGGAGCUCCACGUCCAGCAGUAGUACAGAAAGCAGUAGUAGCUCUAAUUAUUCCUUUUCACCUAAGAGAAAGAAAAAGUGGAGCCAUAGCAGAUCCCCUUCCCAUAAAACCAGGCGUCGGAGUAGAAGUCAAAGUUAUUCCCGCAGGCACAGGAGGGAGAGGAGCAGAAGCCGCGAUCAGCUUAGGAGACACAGUCGAAAUGAGUUGGAGAAAGAGAGGCAUAGACAUCGCAGUGGAUCCCGAAAUAGAAGAAGUGGGGACAGGCAUAGGAGUAGAAGCAAAAGUGAUGUUAAGCGUGUCAGUCGCAGUAGGAGCAAAGAGAGACAUAGAAGUCCCGAAAGGCGCAGGAGCCGUAGUGGAGGCAGAGUGAAACAAAGGGGGCAGAGUAAAGACAGGGACAGGAAAAAAAUUAGGAGUGGAAGCACAGAGAGGGUUAAGAAGAGAGAGGAGAAGAAAAGGGAUAAGGAAAAGGAGCAGGACAAAAGAGACAAACAAAAAAGUAAGGAUAAACAAAAAGAAGAUAAAGAUGGCAGCAAGUCAAGCAGUCAAGAUGAGAGUAAACUAAAGCGCAAGAGGGAAUCAGAGCGGACGUACUCGCGUAGUAGCUCUGGUAAACUUCCACAACAGUAUUCUAGGCAGGAUAGCAAGUCCAGCAAGAAAGGAUCUACAAAGGAUGGUAAAAAGCACUCAGACACAGAAUCUAGCGCAAGGAGCAGCUCACGUUCUCCAGAUAGCAGAGAGAAGAAGGCAAAGAAAUCAAAACGCAGUCGCUCAAGAUCAGUGGAAAAAUCUCAAAGGUCUGGUAAGAAGGCAAGCCGCAAACACAAGUCUAAGUCACGAUCAAGGUCGAGAACACCCAAUAAUCGUAAGCAUUAAGGGGGAAAAUUCUCUGGCAUCCUUGCCAUGAUUGGAAAUUCCAUGAGUUUUGGAGGAUUGUCUCAUUAUAGAGGCAUACAUGACAACUGUGUAGGUGUUUAUAUGUAUAUAGGUGUAAAUUUUUUCCAAGUGCUGUCUAUAGUUCAGUACUUGCUUAAGGUUUUAUUUGUAUUGCAUUCUUCAGAGAUUAUUCGCACUGUAAACAGUUUGCUUUCAGUUGUAACAUUUUAACAUAAACUUACACUAACUGUAGUCGGCUGUCAAUAAACUUUUCAGGUUGGUUUUGUUAUACAUUUCCCAUUGUUUACUGCUGAUAUUUUAUGGCGUUUCAAGAGGUAUGUGGAUCAAAAUCUGAAAGAUAUUGAAUGAAGAGCACUUGAAUGCAAAGCAGUAAUGUCCACUGUAAGGCUCUAGUUUGCAUACUACACAAAAACAGUUAUCUAGAUUCUGAGAUGAGUUACAGCCUCUAAUUAAUUCCCACCUGUAAUCUGUGCAUAUUUGUUUAAAGCUGUAUAUUAAUUUCUUCAAAUUUUCUCUGGAACAUAUUAAUGUGGAGUUUACUUCUCAUUUAAAAUAACUUGAGGGAAUAAUCAGAUGAAUAAGUUACAGUUAGAAUUGUAUACAUUUUUAUUAGGAAAAUAACCAAACUUCAAAUUCUCUAUGCCAGAAUGUUGCAAGUCACAGCAGCUGCAUUUUUUGCAUGUCAACUUUUUGAUGAAAUCUUAUUUGGCAUCAAUAAUUGAUACAACGUUAUUUUUAGUCAGACAAAUUUAGACUUCUCUGCAAGUUCAUCUUUUAUACAAAAGUUUGAAUUAUCAGUAGCCACACUGUAACUCUGAAGGAAACAGUGCAAAACCACCUAGAAGUUGCUGUUGCACAGAAUGGAGUGAACCUCAGUAUCAAAUUUGGUGUUUGAAAAUGCUUCCAAGAUCCUUUAGGCUUUUUUGGGAAUUCAGUGAUUGAGAUGUUUAGUCAGUACACAGGCUUUUGUCCACAUUCUCAUUUUAAACAGUAAACCUACAGGAAAACAUUUGAUGGAAUGAAACUGUAUAAGCCAGCUACAAACUGGUUGAAAUUAGUAAUUGUAGGAUGUGUAUGUUAUAAUUUACAUGAAAAGGACAUCUGGAAAGCAAAUGUUUCCAGAAUUCAGUGAGAUGAAGUGACAACAUUUCAAAUAAAACCAUCAAUUUCUUUGCUCUUGGUACACUUUGGAGCGAGGUGUAUUCAACAAAUUAUUGAAACUGACCCAUCCUUUUCAGCAAGGGUAAAAUAUGUAUAUUAUCCAUUGUCACCAUUUUCAGGCCAGUUAGUUGAACUUUUCAUUGUAAUGGAAGAAAAAACUUCCAGAAAGGUACACAUUUUUCAAAAAUAAUUUCAAUUUUGGUCUGCGCAUUUGCAGUCCCAACCCAUGGUGAUUAUCCUCGUACCUUUGGAUGAUUAAGAAGUAAUGUCAUCUUUGAAAUUUUAAACUUCAGCAACAUCUCAUUAAAAUUCUUCCAAUAUCAAACACAAUAUAAGAAUGCAGAUCUCCCUUGAGCUUUUCUCCUGAAUCAAUUAAAUGAUUAUUAAUAAUCUGGUAUUUCUUUUAUAUAAAAGGCAAAAUAAGAUUUACUAGAUCCAUCCUGAUGCUCAACAUCUAAUCUCAAACAAGCAUAUUCAUAUCAAUAUUUAAAAUAGAAACCCUACAGAUUUUAAUAAACAUCUUUUUAAGAAUAUUUGUGUGUAUGU